UGGAGAAGAAAGGAAGGUAAGAGGGAGGAUUGAAGAGGGGCGAAAUCGUUUAGGAUGAAGAGGAAAGUAAGGAAUUCCAAAGACGUUACAGAGAGGAGAGCAGUGGAAGAUCAAUUAGUGACUGAGGAUUUUAGUCAUUUUACAAGAGGAGGAAAGAAGGAUCUUAUAACGGAGCAAUAAAAUACGCAACUAUUGAAGACGACAAUAAAAAACUCCUACAAAAAAUGACGGAAAUAAUGAAGAGAGAUCCGAAAUUUAUACCUGAACCAAAAAGUACACUUGAAUACCCUAUCAAAAAGAAAACUUUGAAUUCGGACUUAAGGAAAUAAGGAGCUACAGAGGAUAACAUUAGAGAACUAUAAGAUCCUCCAAAGGAUCCAAUCUCGCAAGAGUAAUUACUCUAAUAACAAGUGGAAAGCUGACCAUCAGAAGCAGCUCAAGAUGAAACAAAGAAUUUCAAAUUUCCCAGCUAGGAAGAACCCCAAAGUUGCCAAAUCAGCGAGAAGGUUAUCCAAAGGUGCCAGGAACUAUAAGAAAGUCCUCUGUGAUAAGAGAAGCCAUAAUUCAAGGAAUCCUGAUUCAUUGCCAAUGAUAGAAGAGGUCAAAUACCAAGUAAAAAGCUAUGAUGCUGGCUUCAAUAGUAACCCUAAAACAAAUAUCAGCAACCACAGAGGCCAGAAGUUAUUCAGAGCUCCUCAAUGUGUCUCCCCUGUUGCUUCUGAAGCGAGACUUUCACCCAUGAAAAUAACUGGAGCCGACAUUCAAGUGGAUGAUAAUCGAAAAAUAAUUUACAGAAAAAUUCAUAAAUUUAACAAGAAAAACUUCUUAAUCGAAAUUGGAAAAACCAAGGUGAGAUAUUUCAUCGUUGUUAUUGAGUUAUCCAAAAAGCAGAGAACCCAAGCUAUUGAGCUUCACUCAAAACAGGCGAAGAAAAUAAUAACCAAUUGUGGUGGAGUAGAGGAGCUUGCCAAGCAUAUAGAAUUUAAGUUUGGAAAAAUUGUGAUUAAAGACUUAAACAAACUGCUAACUCAACCAAUUCAGCCUCUUGCGGUAAAUGCUUUUAAGGAUAAGAGACAAAAUGGAGAUAAAAAUUUACAAGCUGACAAUUCAUCAGCAAGCGAUAUGGAGCCAUUGAUCAAGGAAUCAGAGGGAGAGAAAUCAUCACAGAUGUUCCCAGAAGAGAUCCCAGAGGAUAGUUCUUCCCUAGAAUAAC